AACUUUUUUCGAAAGCUGCGUUUCCCGGGAGAUCCUAGGCGGUGACAGAGCCGGGCCAUGGCUAGAGGCAGGAAGAUGUCCAAGCCCCGCGCGGUGGAGGCGGCGGCGGCGGCGGCGGCGGUGGCAGCGACGGCCCCGGGCCCGGAGAUGGUGGAGCGGAGGGGCCCGGGGAGGCCCCGCACCAACGGGGAGAAUGUAUUUACCGGGCAAUCAAAGAUCUAUUCCUACAUGAGCCCCAACAAAUGCUCUGGAAUGCGUUCCCCCCUUCAGGAAGAGAACUCAGUUGCACAUCACGAAGUCAAAUGCCAGGGGAAGCCAUUAGCCGGACUCUACAGGAAACGAGAAGAGAAGAGAAACAGUGGGAACGCGGUACGGAGCACCAUGAAGUCCGAGGAACAGAAGCUCAAAGACGCCAGGAGAGGUCCCCUGGCACCUUUUCCAAACCAAAAAUCUGAAGCAGCAGAACCUCCCAAAACUCCGACCUCGUCUUGUGAUCCUGCUAUCGCCGCCGUGGCCAAGCCAGCCCUGAAAAAGCCUGUCAAGGGCAAACAGGCCCCUCGGAAAAAAGCUCAAGGGAAGACACAGCAGAACCGCAAACUCACGGAUUUCUACCCGGUGCGCAGGAGCUCCCGGAAGAGCAAAGCCGAGCUGCAGUCUGAAGAAAGGAAAAGAAUAGACGAGUUGAUUGAAAGUGGGAAGGAAGAAGGAAUGAAGAUUGACCUCAUCGACGGCAAGGGCAGGGGUGUGAUCGCCACCAAGCAGUUCUCCCGGGGCGAGUUUGUGGUCGAGUACCACGGGGACCUCAUCGAGAUCACCGACGCCAAGAAGCGGGAGGCUCUGUAUGCACAGGACCCCUCGACGGGCUGCUACAUGUACUAUUUUCAGUAUCUGAGCAAAACCUACUGUGUGGAUGCAACUAGAGAGACAAAUCGCCUGGGACGACUGAUCAAUCACAGUAAAUGUGGAAACUGCCAAACUAAACUGCACGACAUUGACGGCGUGCCUCACCUCAUCCUCAUCGCCUCCCGCGACAUCAAGGCCGGGGAGGAGCUCCUGUACGACUACGGGGACCGCAGCCGCGCCUCCAUCGAAGCGCACCCCUGGCUGAAGCAUUAACCUCCCCACCCUCCCCGCCCCUCCCUUCUUCCAUGGACAAAGUGCCCUCAAAGGGAAUUGAGUUUUUGGUUUUUUUUUUUUUUUUUACACACUUAAUCUUAGCAGAUUACUUCAGAUGUUUUUAAAAAGUAUAUUAAGAUGCCUUUUCACUGUAGUAUUUAAAUAUCUGUUACAGGUUUCCAAGGUGGACUGGAACAGAUGGCCUUAUAUUACCAAAACUUUUAUAUUCUAGUUGUUUUGUACUUUUUUUGCAUACAAGUCACACGUUUGUGCUUCCCGUGCAUGCAGUCAAGGACGCAGCACAGGUUUUAGAGGAAAGAGUGAACAUGAACUAGGAAGCCGGGUGACUCCCGCCUCCCGCCGAAGAGCCAGGACUCUCCUCCCCACACCCCCGCCGGCCGCCCCGCGCAGGCGACUCCCGAGGCCCGGCCGGGGUGUUCCCAAGCUCUUGUUUUCCUGACGUCUGGACAGGCGCACAUGGAAGUGUAUGAAUAUUUUUUAAAAAGGUUUCGCAGUAAGCUAGUCUUCCCCUUUGCUUUCUUGAAAGCUUACUGACCCAGUGGCCCCCGGGCGCGGGCUGGGCCUCGGUUUACUCUUCCACAGGCUGCCGCUUUUCUGGGCACCUCGAAGCAUCAGGGCGGGUAAUCAGAGUAGAUGUGGGCAGGGAAAAGCAUUGCUUGCUCGCCCUGCCGGGGCAGGGUUUCCCAAAACUGGGUUAAUUCUUUAUAGAAAUGUGAACACUGAAUUUAUUUUAAAAAAAUAAUAAAAAUUAAAAAAUUUUAAAAAGACAAAAAAAAAAAGAAAAAAACCACAGAAAACAACUUAACAUGUAAAUAGGUCUUGAAGUGCGUGAAGUGGCUGCGUUUUUUUUUCUCUUCUUCUUUCUUUUUUUUUGUUUUUUUGUUUUGGUUUGGUUUGGUUUUUGUUUUUGUAGAAGAGAUUUGAGAUGGUACUCUAUUCUAAUCAAAAAUAAAAGUUUUGUAGCGGGACCAGAAAUUACU